GAGAGGAAUUAGUUGUGUUGUUGUGAUUUUGAGUUGAAUCGAGAAAUCUGAGAAUUGAUUGAAAUAUAGGAAGCAAGCAAGUAAAAAAUGAGGCCGAUAUUGAUGAAAGGGCACGAGAGGCCACUGACAUUCUUGAAGUACAACAGAGACGGAGAUCUCCUCUUCUCUUGCGCUAAGGACCACACUCCUACCGUCUGGUUCACCGACAACGGCGAGCGUUUGGUCACCUACCGUGGUCAUAAUGGUGCUGUUUGGUGCUGCGAUGUCUCAAGGGAUUCGUCACGGCUAAUUACUGGAAGUGCGGAUCAAACAGCAAAGCUCUGGAGUGUUGAAACUGGGGCGCAGUUGUACUCCUUUAAUUUCGACUCUCCUGCUAGAGCUGUGGAUUUGGCAGUUGGUGAUAAGCUUGUUGUGAUCACUACCGACCCAUUUAUGGAAUUGACUUCUGCAAUUCAUGUCAAACGCAUCGCUACAGAUCCCAGUGAAUGUAAGUUUCUUCUUCUGUUUUUGUUUUUUGUAUGGAUAAUUUAAUCGGGUAUGAUUUCAUGAUCGUCCUUUUAUAAGGAUUUGGAUCACCUAGUUGGAGUUUGAGCUUUGUAAUUUGUAGGUCUUGUUUAGAUUUGUUUUUUAUGGCUUGUUUUCUAAAACUAAAGUUGUGUUUACAUGGCCAAAGUUGUGUCACAGUUUUUUUUCUUUUUAAUUAUUAUUUUAUGUUACACUUAUAAAGCAGUGGAGAGUUGAUAAAUUAGAAGUGCAUUUUUAGCUAUGGAGAUAAGG